CUGGGGCAGGACGGUUCGUCUUGGGCCAGCGCAAGGAUACGACACCCUCAUGCAGAAGACAAGCAGCUCGCAUAUGGGAAGCUCUCAUAGCUGAGCGCUAUUAAGGCAAUCUAUGGCAGCAAGUCGUAUCUGAGCGGCGAGAAGUGGUCGAAAGGUGGUGGCUCAGGUAGAUUGUGCUGGAGCUGCUUCUUUUGUGUGGAGCAAUUGAGGAAUCAUGGCAGCAACAGCCUUGAGGAUCAGCAGCCAUGCACCAACUACGUGGCUCACGACGGGAAGUACGAGAACAUCGAAACCUUCGCAUGAGAAAUCCAUGCAAACCUCGACAAACAGAAGCGCCAACUUUUUUCAAUGCAGCAGCGCCUCUUUCCAGCACCUUGAAGCAGCGAGCAGAAGGGUUUCUAGAGUGCGGAGUGCCUGCGAGCCCUUGACCUUUACAGGCCUGUCAGUCAAGGAGCGAGCUGUGAGUAAUUCGAGGCUGCAGUCGAAGUUGCCUGCCAUUGAAAGAUUGGGCUCUGGUUGCUCAUCCUGGUUUGGUCAGCAGACCAGCGCAAGAGUUGAUGGCCCUGCGGCUGGACGAAGCAACUCAACCAGAUGCUCUGCAAGCGCAGAGAGCACUCAGGAACAGCAGAGAAUUUCAAGCCCCAGCGCCACUCCCCGCCCCGCUACCAAGCGCCCCGCCGGCAGCAAGGACAAGUUCGAGCGCACCAAGCCCCACGUGAACAUCGGCACGAUCGGCCACGUGGACCACGGCAAGACCACGCUAACCGCCGCCAUAACCAUGGCGCUCGCCCCCAACAGCGGCCUAACCCCCAAGCGCUACGACGAGAUCGACUCUGCCCCGGAGGAGAGGGCACGUGGCAUCACCAUAAACACGGCGACAGUCGAGUACGAGACGCGGGAGAGGCACUACGCCCACGUGGACUGCCCGGGGCAUGCGGACUACGUGAAGAACAUGAUCACCGGGGCGGCGCAGAUGGACGGCGCGAUUCUGGUGGUGUCGGGAGCGGAUGGCCCGAUGCCGCAGACCAAGGAGCACAUCCUGCUGGCAAAACAGGUCGGUGUCCCUUCAAUGGUCCUCUUCCUCAACAAGGAAGACCAAGUCGACGACGAGGAGCUCCUGCAGCUGGUCGAGAUGGAAGUCCGCGAGACGCUCAACUACUACGACUUCCCGGGGGACGAUCUCCCAGUCGUCUCCGGCUCCGCGCUGCUCGCGCUCGAGGCGCUUAGCGCGGGACCCGUCGCGCGCGGUGUGAAUAAGUGGGUGGACCGCGUGUACGCUCUCAUGGACGCGGUCGACGAGCGCAUUCCCACCCCCGCGCGCGAGACGGACAAGCCGCUGCUCAUGGCGGUCGAGGACGUGUUCUCGAUCACCGGGCGCGGGACCGUGGCCACCGGGCGCAUCGAGCGCGGGACGGUGCGCGUCGGGGAGCCGGUGGAGCUGGUCGGGCUGCGCGCGACGCGCGCGAGCACGGUGACCGGGCUGGAGAUGUUCAAGAAGCUGCUGGAGGAGAGUAUCGCCGGGGAUAACGUGGGGAUGCUGCUCCGGGGGGUGCAAAAGGCGGACAUCGAGCGGGGGAUGGUGAUUGCGAAGCCGGGGACAAUCAAGCCGCACACGAGGUUUGAGGCGCAGGUGUACGUGCUGAAGAAGGAGGAGGGCGGCCGCCACUCGCCGUUCUUCGCGGGGUAUCGGCCGCAGUUCUACGUGCGCACUACGGACGUCACGGGGAAUGUGCAGUCGUGCUGGAACGACUCGGGGGAGCCGACGCGUAUGGUGAUGCCAGGGGACAGAGUGAAGAUGCAAGUGGAGCUCAUUCAACCGAUAGCAAUCGAGAAGCAGAUGCGGUUUGCGAUUCGAGAAGGGGGGCGUACGGUUGGGGCGGGUGUCGUAUCCGAACUGCUCGACUAGGGGGAGUUCAGAAAAAAGUCGCGCUCUCGGCACUCUCGGUAGUCUUUGCCUCGGAGUUACCUCUGAGAGAUGCGAACGGUGUGCCGGCUAGAAGGUAUUCCUACCGUAUUCACAAUUGCUUCAAUCAUGGAUGAUUGGAGCCAUGCAGGCACAGAUAAGCUUCGAUAGGGAACGCUGUCACUAUACGAUAUAGGUUUGAUCCUAACGAUUUUCUGUCGAAGGUCUGCAAAUGCUGACUGAAUACAUGAUUAAGAAGAGAUUUUUACUUUGUGAAUGAGCGGAGGCUGCUCAUGGGAGAUUUCCGCUGCCUACGAAGUUGCGAGAAAAUUUUGUGUUGGAAAGUACGUUAAGCGACGCGCCCCUUGUGGGAGACCAGAUUGCAUUUUAGCCUCAAGUCUUCGUACUGCAGCAUCGAUGCCGGACAACUUCAGCAUCCGCAGCCUGUACCGUCCAGUCAGAAGUUCCAAUUGAAACCGAUUCGAUCACGCUG